ACCCUCAGCUCCCACCCGCGCCACGGCCAUGUCUCCCGCCGUGAUCCCGCUCCCGCCCCACCAUCUUCGCCCCCCGCUCCGCUCUCCGUCGGUGGAAGGGUCACUACCGCCCCUGCCCUCGCCUCCGCAAUCCAUGGACGCCCCCGCCCCGAGACGUGCCCACACCUGUCUCGUUCUCCUCCUCAUCCCGGCGCUCCUACUACUCCCCUCCAUGGCGCGCAGGUUGUGGAGGUUUCUACCUCCAAGACUGGUAAGCAUGGCCAUGCCAAAUGCCACUUUGUCGCCAUAGACAUUUUCAAUGGGAAAAAGCUUGAAGAUAUUGUUCCUUCAUCACACAACUGUGACAUUCCGCAUGUGAACCGUACUGAGUAUCAGCUGAUUGAUAUUUCUGAGGAUGGAUUUGUGAGCCUUCUUACUUCAGAUGGCAACACUAAGGAUGAUCUUAGACUCCCAACUGAUGAGACUCUUGUGGCCCAGGUCUGUAUGGAAAUGUUUUCCAUCCUAAACGCUGCUUCUUAUUACGAUGUUAUUUUUAUAACGAUGUUAUUUUUCAGUCUAUCUCUACAUCCCUCUCCCCAUCUUGUUAUCACUACUAAUCCUUAAGAGGCUAACGAGGGCGUCCACCAGCUUCACCGUGGAAUUUUUUUUCUUAAUAAGUUUGUCCCAAAAAACUCUGUAUCAGCCUCUAAAGUACUUCAUGCAGUCUGUAAAUGUUGACUACCUACGAUAGUUAUUUGAUUAUUUCAGGCCUACCUCCUCGCCAUGCUCGCUCUCGUCAUUGUCCUCUUCUACUUCACUAUCUUCGCCUUUAUCGUCACCCACAGGGGGUACCAGGAACUGGGACAGGAUUAGGAGCUGCCUUCAGGACUCCAAGGUCUGUAGGAGCCUGCAGAACAAGAAUGAGAAGAUCGCACACCUCUCCCAGAAUGAAUGCAGAUUGAUGGGAAGUUGCAUUCACAAAGUAACUUAUUCAGUUCGGCAGCUCUGCUAACACUCUUCACGAAUAUCACAACUUGGUUGAAAUCAAGAGCGUCCAAGAGAUCAUUCAGUUUCCAGUUCUUCUCUACCUCGCUAAGUUUUAUAUAGUGCUGCAAAAAUAUACGAUUCCAAUUAUUUAGAGAAAACAAAUAAAAAAAAUGUGCACGACUCAAAUGCAGAGUAUUAUUGUAUUACCUGUACAAGACCAUGGAGGGUCAACUUUGCCUCAUCAUCAACAUAUAUUUCCAUCGGAUGUAAGGGAACAAAUGAUACAUGAAACAAAUUAGCAUUCCAGCGUCAGUCUUGCAGUAUAUAUACCAAUAGACCCCCUCUGUCAGUACAUGCAGCCUCCAUACAGAAGUUCAGUUAUGCACUGUUCAACACUAGAUUCUCUCCAAAUAUGCUUAAGUUUUGCAACAGUGCUUCCAAAUACAACUCCAGCAGAAGAAUUCUUUCUCCACCCGCACGAGAUAGUUGGAGAACCAACACCAGUGAAGUCCAAUUAAGUGAAACCAAGUGAACAUUGAGUGUGCAGCAAACUGGAGAUGUCGACCAGGAGCUCGGAGACCGCAUCUUCAGGACAGAAGCAAAGAGAACUUACUUAUGUACUACAAAUGGAGACACUGAGGAAUAGAAUCCUCCCACCUAGAAAGAGCAGAAGACACAACUACAACUCCAAAGCUGGUAGAUGACUAACAGCUACAGGAGGACCACCACAGGAGCAAUGGGAAUAAAAUACGACGACUUUGGAAAGGAGAGCUGGAGAAGGCUGCAGGGCAUUACAUCUUGCAUAAAUUUCUUGCAUACAGGACGGAUCUCCUUGCUGAGCGUUGCUGAAAACAUCAUGACUUGCUUAUCAUGAGGAGUCAUUUUGAAGAUCUCCUGAACAUCUCUCCGCAUGUCUGCAUAAUACAUAUAUUUGUCAAGGAUAGCAAUUAUACUUUUCUCAUAACAAAAUUUAUAUGUAUAGACAGGAUCACCAAUGGAUUACAAAAAACUUUUCUCAUAACAAUAUAACAUAUUUAUAUAUAAGUUAUCAUGA